GCACGGAUCUCCCGCAUGUGUGCCGGAUGAGAACGUUGUCAUGGUGGCAGAUUCAAGUUAUGAGUCGCGGAGGAGAUGAUGGACGCCGAUCCCAUACAGGAGCUCCACAGAGCAUCCGAGCAGGGCGAUCUCGAGCAUGUCAUGGCUGCGCUGGAAACAGACUUGGACAUUGAUGCCACAGACCACGACAACAACACAGCCCUCCACAUUGCCUCGGCUAACGACCAUGAGCAGCUAGUAGCCUACCUCGUCAACAAUGAUGCCAAUAAAGAAGCCACAAAUAACAUGGGCUGGACACCACUAAUGCAGGCAGCGCGGCAUGGCCACUUGAAUGUGGUUCUUUUGCUGCUGCAAGCAGGGGCAUCAGUUGACACUCGCAAUAGGCUCGGCAUGACAGCGCUGAUGCUAGCUUCAGUGAGUGGGCACAUGGCCACAAUCCGCACCCUUGUCGAUGCAGGGGCCAAUUACGACCCCUUGCCCUCCCUCAGCUCAAGCCAGAUCACCCCUUUGAUGAUUGCCGCCCAGCAUGGAAACGACGCAGUGGUGCGGCUCUACUUGGACAAGGGCGUCAAUGCCAACAAGGCGAUUCCUAAGACAGGUGUAACACCACUGAUGUUCAGUGCAGCCGGAGGCAACAGGUCCACUGCACAGAUCUUACUGGACAGAGGAGCAGACCCCAAUGCUGUUAGCGCAUGUGAGUUGACGGCACUGGACGUGGCUGCUUCUUGUAACCGACCUGACAUUGCAAGCUGCCUGCAGGAGAAGACCACAAGGCAGAAGAAGAAGGGAGCUCUCUGUGACAUAAUGGACGCAGCACACAGGGGAGACAUGCAGGCGCUGACCGAGAUCUUGAUGGCAGACCCAGGACAGUGCCACACCACAACACCCGAUGGUGCCACCCCACUCAUGGUGGCUGCCAUGCUGGGGCAUCGGCAGGUGGCGCAGCUGCUGUUGCAGUAUGGUGCCCUCAUAGAUGCCCAGGACCAUAAGAAUGGUUGGACAGCACUCAUGCAAGCCAUCUAUCAUAGACAGACAGAAAUGGCCAAGUUCUUAAUCCAAUGUGGAGCAGAUGCAAACAAAGUGACCCAUAGAGGAUAUACCGCUUUUGACUUCGCCAGUGAGAUGUUAGAUACAGACGUCAUGUGCAUCUUUGUUGAAGCACAGCUGUCUUCACUGGGGAUGAGUCCAGCGUCCCCCUUGCCCCACCAAGCCUGGGCUCAGCAGAGUGGCAAUUUGCUCAAUCUGCCCGAUAGUCCCUCGAGGCACGGCCUGAAGCACUGGUGGAAUAGGGUGUCAAACAGGUUCCAGAAAGCCAAGGGAGCCAGACCCCAGAGGACCACCACCCCAGAGACGGAGAGCCUCAACGAACUGAACCUCAUUUCCCCGAUGACGCCCAUUCAGUACGACCCGAUCAUGCCUCAGGAGAUCCGACUUCCUCCAGUGAUGGAUUUUGGAGGAGGUAGCAUCUAUGUCACAGAGACAAUGAAGAGCAUGGUCCCCCCUCACAUCUCCCCCACGGGAGGAAAGCCAGGCUUUGCCCGCAAGGCCAUGCCCCCUGGACGCAAGAUCGUUCCUGGGGGUGUGGAAGAGCUGCCCCGUCAUGCAACCAAUUCUAAACUCUUGAAAUCCAGUUUGGGGACAGGUGGGUUGUCUCCCGCCUUGGGUCCCAGCCCACAGUCUUCAGGUGAGGCAGGUGGCCUGGGGCACAUGCUCAAAGUGCGAGGAUAUCAAGGGCGGAAGCAGGACGGAGGCCAGCAGAAGCGACUAAGUGGGAGUGGAGGCGAGGGUGACCUCUUGGUUUCAUCAAUGGAGAGUGGAGGCUCUGGAGGCUCGUCCCUGAAGACCGUCACGUCUUCUAAGUCAUCCAAGUCAUCCCGCUCGACGGCCACACUCGUCACCCGCAACGACAGUGGCAGCACAACAGAUGCCAGCUCAACAACAACAACGACACCAUCCACUGUAGCACAACACCUGACCCUUAGCCUGGGGUCAGGUCAGCUGUCAGAGGUUUUGCAGAAGCUCGCCCUUAACCAAUAUCUGGAAGUUUUCCUUGAGCAGGAGGUGGACCUGGACGCUUUUCUGGAGCUCUCAGACGCUGACCUUCAGGACCUGGGGAUUACCACUGCUGCAGCCAGGAGCAAGAUCCUGCGCGCCAUUGCUAGCCUCAAGGCCAAGGUCUGACGCUGGCUGAGGGGCAGAGACAAGUUCACUUAUUGACUGAAAUAUUGGUGCUUUAAUUACAUGAUUACUAUAUCAUUAAACAUAUACAGCAAGUGCCUUAUGAAUUCUCAAGUAAACAUUUUGUUUUUUGACAGAUAUAACUAAAGCCAAAAUAUAUAUAUCUGUACCAAAGCUUAGGUAGAGGUGAUUUGUUUUGUAAAAAACAUUUUUCUUCCAGUGAAUUCUUAUUUUUGUACAGAAGUUUAUGUACAAUAUGAAAAUAGGCAAGUAUGUUCAUAUGUUUUAUGAAAUGAGGCACUAGUCAUAAUUAUAAAUUUUUAUUAUAAGGAAAAUAAACAGAAAAUAACCUGUAUGGAAUUUGUAGGGAAGGUAUGAAUGAAAAUCAGUUUCACAAUAUAGCAAUGUAAUAAUUUUAUUUCAGUGUUACAUAUAAUAUCAAAAGAUGUCAAUUGCAUUUAUUGUAUUCCGAAAUUAUUUUCUCCUAUUCAUACCUUUUCUUUGUCAGUUUGAAAUCAGUGUGAAAGCAUAUGUGCACAUUUGUGUCUGUGUUGAAUGUGUCAGUGUGCUCACAAUGUCAGUUUGUGUUGUGUGCACAAGAUCAAUGUAUAAGGUAAAUGAAACAAUAAAGAAAAGUUAUAAUUAUAUCAGGGCAUUAAAGAGAGUAUAUCAUAA